UUGGCUGAACAGAUGGAGAGUAAGCAGUGGGACAUUGUUACAGAAGAACAGGAGGAGCGCUUACCCCCUGGGCCAGUCCUCCCUCUGUAGAUGACGGAGACGCGCAUACCCGCCCGCUCCCGUGACGCAGCGCCUCCCCGUGCGCACAGAUGCUGGAGUGGAAGCGACAGGCGCGCUCAUCUCUGUGGGACUGAACGCGUCGAGGAGCGGAGACAGAGGGGAGAGGAUCACCCGGUUUGCGUCCGCCAGGAGCCUCACAGCGCGGGGAAAGAUGGUCCAAACGAGGCUGUCCGCGGGCAGCAGGACUUAAAAAGCUGCAGUCCAUCCAUUUGGACACUUUAAAUCUGCUCUCUCCCCUUUUCCUCUCUGAUACGGAAGAUAAGAAUCCAGGCGGUCAUCUCCCAGCUAUCUCUGGGUCGGGAAUUUAACCCCAGUCUGAAGGCCAGUCGGUGUUUCAAUCAAUUAAGACACGAUGUGGAAGUCCGGGAUCCUCCUGCUGCUGUGGGUGCUUCAGGCAUCCAGUGAACUCCAGCUAGAGACGGAGCCGCGGAGACUUCCACCGCCGGGAAAGUUGGAUUUCGGUUAUGUGCCUGCGGGAGUUUACGAGACACUGGCCCAUUACGAACCAGGACCGAUAGGGAUCCUGUUCCACCUGGUGCACGGCUUUCUCUACGUGGUGCAGCCCAACGCUUUCCCAGAAGAUCUUAUCGUCAGACUGGCAAAGGACAAGUUUGGAGCCAUUCAGACAGAAUACCAAAAGGCUAUCUACUACGAGAUAGGCUUCCUAGUAUGUGCGGCGGUGGGGCUGCUGUUCGCCGUUCUCCUGCCACUAAUCGGCCUCUUCUUCUGCUUGUGCCGCUGCUGUGACAACUGCGGCGGCGAGAUGCACCAACGGCAGAGGAAGAACGCAGACUGUCGGCGAGGCCUGCUGGGAACGCUGCUCUUCUCUACAUCAUUGGUCAUCACGAUCGGCGUGCUGUGCGCAUAUGCUGCCAACCAAAACCUGAGCUCUCAGGUGAAGAACAUACGGAGGUUAGUCAACAGCAACAUGAGGGACCUUCACACCUUCGUUAACGACACGCCAAUGCAAAUUGAUUACCUAAUAUCCCAGUACGCCACAGCCAAGAACAAAGUCAUCUAUGACCUAGAUAAUAUAGGUCCCUUAUUGGGUGGAAGGAUACAUGAUCAGUUGGAUAAGGAGGUGAAUCCAGCUCUGGACAGAGCGCUCACCAUGGCUGGAGCCAUGCGAGAAACAAAAGAGGCCCUGGAAAACGUUGGGGUGGGUCUGGAGGUCCUCAAAGAAGGAACAGGGAAACUCAACUUCAACCUGAGCCUAGUCCGGACCAGCAUGAACCGCACCCUCAAUGACCCGGGCUGUCAUGACGAGGAGUCUGACGCUACCACUGCACAGCUGUGCCGCAACAUCCGCCAGUCACUGUCGCAGCUGCAGAUCAGUGCUAACUACACAAGGCUACCCAAAGUGAACAGCCAGCUGGAAAAGGUGAAUGAUGUCAUGAGAACUGACCUGAGUGCUAUCGUCCAGAGGGGUUACGCCUCAGUGAACGACACACCACACAUGGUCAUUGAACAAACUAGAAGUGUGGUAGAAAAUGUAAAGGGUUUGGUGGAUGGUAUUGGCAACAACAUCAGCAGCUUCUCUAAGGUAUUCCCUGUGCAGAGCUGCCUGUCCAACUUCACCAUCUUUAUCAACCACGCCCAUGCCAAGAUUGAGGACCAGUACCCUGAAAUCGACCAAAUGGACUUCUACAGGUGGAUAGGCUGUAUUGCGCUGUGCUGCAUGGUGGUGCUGGUCCUGGCUUUCAACUAUCUGGGCUUGCUGUGUGGCACCCUGGGAUACGACAAGCACGCCUCACCUACAACAAGAGGAUGCAUCUCCAACACAGGAGGAACAAUGCUCAUGGCCGGCGUCGGGUUCAGCUUCCUCUUUUCUUGGAUGCUGAUGGGAGUGGUGACGCUCAUCUUCCUGGCUGGAGGAAAUAUGGAGAAACUAUUUUGUGAACCGUUCCACACCAAAGAAGUCUUCAAGGUUGUGGACACCCAAUACUUGGUCAACCCAGAGUGGAAAAACUUCAUCCCUGGCUACAUCUACAAUGACUCCGAUCUAGAGCUGACAUCAGAAAGCUUAUACAGUACUUGCAAAGAAAACAAAGGCAUAUACUCAGCCAUGCGUCUGGACAAAGUCUUCAACAUCUCCACUUUCCUCAACACCACAUUGUUUACCAAGGAGGUGUUGGGUCAACUGGAAAGCAUGAAGAUCGACCUCAGGGGGAUAAUCCUGUUAGAGGCAGAGGGGAAGCAAAACCUUCUGGAUUUCUCUGAAGUCGGGCUGUCAGAAAUCAACUAUGCAGACUAUCUGGAAGAGGUCAAUAAGGGAGUCACUGUGGUGGACCUGCUCUCAUUUGCCAGAGAGCUGGAGGCUCAGACGGAUCUCAUGCCCAGAGGCGGUCUGCAGACAGCUCUGAAAGGCCACAUCGGGACUCUGCGGCAGAUCCACCGUCAACAGAUCAUCCCCAUGGAGCAGGCCAUGAGCGCAUUAAACCAGAGUAUGAGGUUCCUGGAGAGGACAGCCUCAGAUCUGCCAAACAAAGUUUUAGCGGUUAUUGAAGCCAUUGAAGCUGCACAGUACCUCAUCUCACAGAAUGCAACACAGUUAAUCAAUCAGGAAACAGGAAAAUACACAACCACCAUUAUCGGCUACUUCCAUCAAUACAUAGAAUGGGUCAAAACAUCUUUGGUCAUGGAGGUUGCACCAUGCAAGCCCUUCAGCAACAUGGUGGACACGGUGGAAAUCAUUACCUGCAGUUUUUUGGUCGACUCCAUGAACACAUUCUGGAUGGGUCUGGGCUGCAGCACUCUUUUCCUCCUCCCCAGCAUCAUCCUAGCUGUAAAACUAGCAAAAUAUUACCGCAGAAUGGACACAGAGGACGUUUACGAUGACAUUGAGACAAUUCCCAUGAAAACUAUGGAAAUUGGUAAUAAUGGUUAUCAUAGUGAGAGCUCACAAGGUAUCCCAAAUCCUUUGAUGACAAGCAUACCGACCUAUGACACCAUGAACAGGUUCCCACGGGCCUCGGCUCCUCCGAGGCACAUCGACUGGUGACAGAGAGCCGGCUCUGGUUCAGGCUCCUGAAAGUGCCCUCGGAAACUGGAACUGAAGUACACAACAAAGCUGUUUGUUGCACAACCCCAUGAAGAAGAAAAAGAAGAAGCUCAAUAAAAGAUUGUGUCCUACUGGCAGAGAGAGAACACACAAAUCCUAGGGUGUUUCUAUCCAUUGAUCAACCCAACCUCCUCAACCAGGCGAAUCACAGCCUGCAGCUGAAACACCUUCUUCUCUGCCCCUUCAAGAAACUCUCGCCUGCAGGACAUCAAACUCUUCUCCCUCAGCAUCAAUCUGAGCCAGGCUUGUUCUGCAUUUUUGUUUUAUAGAGACUGCUGUGUCUGCGUUUACAUUUGUUCAGACACAAAACCAAGCUGAAACCACAUUCAGCGAGAAGACAUGACAUUAACUGUGAUGCCUGAUGUACUGGUUUGUGCUUAAAAAGACUGAAAGGUCAUCUGAGGAUCAUGGCGAGCUGUUUAUCCUACCAUUGGACGGAUGCCACACAUUCAACAAAAAGCUUGGCAAUGAAAAGUGGAACAGACCUGUCAAUACGCCUGUGAGGAAAGGUGGCAUGCAAGAGUGAUUUCAAAAUAAGACUGCUUUGUGAAAAACGGCGUGUGCUUUUGAUCGCAGAAUGUGUGAGUUGGUAGAAGUUUGGUACCUAAAUGAGUGAGAAGUGGAUGAUAUAAAAAAUCCAGGAAAAGGUUGUUCCCAGGAGGAAGAAAUUUAGCAAUGCUUUUUAAAAUGUUUACAAUAUCUCAAAGCAUCCCGAGCUUGAAUAGUUUUGGGAAAAUUGCAAAUGACUGGUUAGUUGCCUUUCAGAAGUAUGUGCUGUCUCUGCAUUUUGAUGGAUUUGCUUGUUCUCAGAGGGAAAAUACACCCAUGGAUGCUUCUACACUGCUAACUAUGUUUAAGAUAUUAUUUUGUGGCAUUGUGUUUAAACCAUUGCCUGUAUAUCAAUAUGGACAGCCCACCUCUAUCUCCUCCCAUAGUGAUGAGUGAAGCCAAAAUACCAUCUUCAUGAGUGCUGACAUACUGCGUUGGUGACAUAAACGAAGGCUAAGCAGAAGUGAUCUGGCUGCUGAAGCCACAGGACUGAUGUAACGCCCCUUCUGCAAACCAAAAUACACACUUCACUUACUGACAGAACUGCAGAGACUCCUCAGGUCAGUACCAUUAUGGUUAUGGGAUAUUCAAUGACUCUUGCCGUUAUCCCCCUGCUCUGCUAAUCCACGAAAGGACGCUGCAGAAGCCUCAUUUGUCAACAGCGCUGUCAAUCAUAAUGUCAGAUUCCCUCUUUUAACAUCAAAUAACUAAUUACAAGUAAAUAGUUGUGAAAAAUAAACACUUGCACAUACAUCAGCAUGAUAUUAGCUUAUUUUGAUGACAGAAAGCAUGCACGUAUUAGGAUAGCUUUUCCCAUGAAGGAGACCAGCUUUAAGAUAUAUACUACAGCCAGUCACCAGGGGGAGCACUGACAUUUUUGGCUUCACUCUUGCAUUGUUGUGGUUCUGUCCAUGAUUUUAUACGGUCUAUGGUUUGAACUUAGUUUUCAGUGUUUUAAUUUUUUAAUCUGUUUUAUCCACACUUGUGCCAGGUCGUCAUUUCCUACAUUUCCCAGAAUGCCUUUAGGCUAAAUACUUCUCCGGAGGUGUAAGACUGAAUUAUUUUUUGUAAUCAACUUUUCUUUAUGGAUUAUUUUCUUGGACUAUUGGGGCCUAAUAAUUUGUUUCCAUCGUAAGAGCAUUUCUUUAAUCGGCCCUUUCACAUAGGUUUUAUAUCUCAUGAACGGUUGGAUGUUUUACCAAAGAGUGAAUAUACCAGAACAGGCUGAUUGGAAUAUAAUUUUUACACCUUAAAUCUUAGGUACACACAGCAAACUCAUUAGUUGAACAACUAUAUUUAUGAUUUUUUAUUUUGUACAACAGAAAACUUUAGGGGUCUAUAUUAUACCCACCUAAUGAGGCCAUCAGACUAUAGUGUAGGAACUUUGGGUGGAUUUUCCCUUUGAUUUGCACAAUCAGAGUCAGAGCUAAUAAACGUCUUAAAAUGAUAAAUAUUUGACAAGAGUGUCAGGCUUAUAAAUUGUUGUAUAGGAAAUGAAUUGAAUAAGACAAGUUAUCAUUUCGAGUUCACUAACAUAGCAUUUUUACGGAUGUCCUUCUUGCUUUUAUAGUGGAGAAAUUCUUUCUCAAGCCAAAUUGUUUUGUCUUUUAUACAGUAGGUCUCAGGUCUUUAGUGGUCUAUCAACUUUGUGCUUUUCUGUUUUUGCUUUUUAACACCCCCGUAGUAGCUAUUGAUACAUUUAAAAACUAUAGAACAAGUGGAUGUAUUCAAGAGCUAUUUUUAUUUGUGUGACUUGAUGAUGUUGGCAGAAAAUGAUGCUGAACUCUAUGACGACUAACUCAUUUGGCAUGCCAAUCCAGACCCACCUCGCCUCCAUGUUUACAGGUUAGAUUAGCUUCAGCUGCUAUCAGAGUAGAAAAUGGCCAAGCAAGGUUUGACAAUCCAUUCAUGGGACAAGUGAGUGUUGUCAAUCAUUUUGUAGAAAACUAGCAGAAAUGUUUGUGGUUGAAACAGUUCAUGGAAAUGAUGCACACUGAAAAAUAUGUCCAUCUUAACAUCGAAAGUAUUUAGGUUAUCAGUCUAGCUAACUGUCUGAUUAUGCUAGCAGUGUAAAACUAAAUAAGCUAGCUUCUUUAUUAUCCUACAAAUGAAAACAUUUACCUAGAAACUAAUGUAUGCAUUAUCAGGUACAGGUAUAUAAGCUUCUUAUAUUGUCAUAUUAUUUUAAAGCUUAAUGAAACACUUUAAUGCUAAAUGUGAUUCUAGCGUUGUGGUGCUAUACACUAGCAUCAAAGUUGUGACUUAGCCAGCAAAACCAACUGAAUCAAAAACUGCAGACUAAUAUUGAAUCUAUAAAUUAAUCUAUCCUUUUUAAAAUAAUAUUUAAGGAGAAAUAAUUUGAUGAAUCAGAAUUUCAGACAUAGACCCAGGCUAGAGUUGCCACCUGUCCCAUUUUUCCCAGAAUUGUUCUCUUUUUUCACCAGCUGUCCUGGGAAAAUAAAAAUCUCUCCCGGGACACAAUUUGUCCCGUUUUAUGGGGAAAAUGCAAAAACCUCAUUUGAUUUCCUUCGUUCAGCAGUCUAGAAAGGUCCCCCAUGCUUCUGCAGCUAUUUAAAAUUGUCUCUGAUUUCUUCCCAUCUAUGCGUAUGUCACACGGGCACCCUAGAGCUCAAAGCCGCUCAAGCAGGGAAGGAAACUUGACCAAAGAGAGACAGCAAGCUGAAUUGACUGACCUACUCCGUGCUGAGGUCUUCUUUUCACCAACUUUUGGCGCCUCUAUUUGAAAUGGGAGGAGAGACGACUGACGAGGAAGGAGAUGGAGCAAAUACAUGCAAGCCACCAGCACAAAAAAAAACAUAUACUAGUUACAAUCCUGAACGCAUUGGAAAUCCAUGCAGAAACAAAAAAGCAUCAAGCUGUGGUAUCAACAAACAAAAACAGGCAGCCAUUGCAACUUUUAUGACCAAAAAAGGUUCACCAGAAGAAGACAAGAUUGCAGUGGCAGAGCUUACCAGUGUCCUAUGUCCGAAUUUUAUAUUCAUUUGGUCAGUCUGAACUGGUAACAGUGGCCGAGCGCUUCGCCCCAAACAAUUGGUCGUGUCCCUUUUUUCACAAAUCCAAGGUGGCAACCCUAACCUAGGCUAAUAAGCUAGCAGCUACAGAUAUUAAGCUAGCCAUCACUCCUCACACAACAGCUAAUGUAGAGUACUUUACACAGUGUUUGAAAGUAGUCGGCCAAUACAUACGCAGUGUGCUGUACAAACUAUUCAAAGCCUACAAGGUGUCAGGUUAACAUGUAAAUUCAAAGUGGCUUCAGCUAGCAAAAUAUUAGUUGACUGUUUUUAACUUUUUUGAUUUAGAUCGCAGCUUCUUGGUAAGAUGGACAUUUCAAAGCAUCUGUGUGCUCUCUUAUUAAACUGGACUAUCAUUGUUUCUCUUGUCUGAUAGAGUCUGGAUGUGACCAAUCUUGGGAGACAGUAUGAUUUACUAAGUGCUUAAACUAGAUGUUGUGUAUCUGAACCCAGGAUGGGUGACACCAGGACAGAUACAGGGGUAAAUGGUUUGAACUGUGAUGCUCAAGUUGGGCACUGAUGGAGCCAAUGGAAUGAAACUGUGGUGGAAAACAGAGAGUGUAUAAAUUGUGAAUAAACUUUGAAAAUCAA